AUGAUAUUCUACCGUCAUUUUGCAGCGUUCGCUGCUAUUGUCACAUCUACUUCUGCUUCAUGUUUGUAUGGAACCAGUUUAGCACCACGUCGGGUCAAUCAUGAUGGCACAGUCCCAGUCGCAACGUUCAACUAUACUGGCGAAGGCGGUCCCUUACAUUGGGUUGGACUCAAUGCUACCGCCAACAGAGAGUGUGGGCAUGGCCAAACACAGUCUCCUAUCGUCAUCAGCACUCAGAUCAUUCCGCAGGUACCCAAAGGUUCACUUACUAUGAGCAUUCCCAAUGUCUUAUCGGCAGACUUUGAAAACCUAGGAUCCACUGUGGAGGUAAUCGCCGGAGGAAAGCUGAAGGCCAACGGCAAAGACUACGAGCUGGCACAAUUCCAUUUCCAUACUCCAAGCGAGCACCGAAUUGACGAGGAGUACUCCCCAAUGGAGGUUCACUUCGUGUUCCAAACUCCAGAAAAAUCGAUUGCUGUGGUUGCGUUCUUCGUGGAGUUGUCCCCGUAUGGCCGUUCUACUCCACUUCUGACUCAGGUGUUUGCGAAUCUGCAUCGGAUCACAACCCCUGGCACAGUCACAAAGACAAGGCGACUUGAUUUCUCAAAGCUCGUCAAGCUUUUUCAUGCCCAUGAUAUCUACACGUAUACUGGAUCGCUCACGACGCCUCCGUGCAGCGACAAGGUAGAUUGGUACCUCAGUUCCGCUCCACUCACUAUCAGUGUAUCGUCAUUCAACGCCCUCAAGAAGGUUGUCAAGUACAAUGCUCGUUACACUCAAAACUCACCCGGUCUAAAAAACCUGAUGGAAAUCGCUGCGCUGGACGUGGGAUGCCCCAGCAGCAGGACAUAA